AUGACUCACAUAAACCAGGCAAAAGUGCAGCCUUCUUUUGAGGAGGUCUCCUCUAUCCUCUCCAAAUCGAGAACGUCCAAAUUCCCUCCCAAUCUCGUUCCGCUAUGCGCUCAAAUCCCCGCCGACCUUUUCACGCCUACACAAGCAUAUUUAAAAGUAUCAGAGGGUUCAAAACUCUCGUUCCUGUACGAAAGUGCAGCAACCACCGGGACGAUCGGGCGGUAUAGUUUUGUCGGAGCGAAUCCUCUCAAAGUCAUUAAAACAGGCCCAGGCCACGGACCAGAAGAAGAUCCCCUACCACAGCUCGAGCAGGAGCUUGCACAGUACAGAGUCGCGACUGUGCCCUCACUUCGACUUCCGCCUCUGACUGGAGGAGUUAUUGGAUAUGUUGGCUAUGACUGUGUCCGAUACUUCGAGCCCAAGACGGCUCGGCCGAUGAAGGACGUCCUGAAGCUGCCCGAGAGCUUCUUCAUGCUCUAUGAUACAAUUGUGGCCUUUGAUCACUUCUUCAACGUGUGCAAGGUCAUUACAUACUUGCAGGUACCGUCAUCAAAUUCCACCUCUGAUUUGCAGACGGCGUAUGAAAAAGCAUGCCAAACCUUGCAGAGAACCAUUUCCCUCCUGCAGGCGGAACACAUACCCCUGCCAUAUCAGCCGCCCAUAGCCUUGAAUCAACCUUCGAAAUCGAAUUUUGGCAAGACAGGGUAUGAGGCCCAUGUUACACGGCUUAAGAAGCAUGUGUGCAAAGGAGAUAUCAUUCAGGCCGUGCCUUCACAUCGGAUAUCGCGGCCUACGACGCUCCAUCCAUUCAAUAUCUAUCGGCAUUUACGAACAGUCAACCCAUCGCCGUACCUGUUCUACAUCGACUGCGAGGACUUCAGCAUUGUUGGUGCAUCGCCAGAACUUCUAGUAAAAGAAGAAGCUGGUCGGAUCAUAACCCACCCCAUCGCCGGCACCGUCAAGCGAGGUCAAUCGCCGGAAGAAGACGAGCGGUUGGCCGAGGAGCUGAGCAACAGCCUCAAAGACCGUGCUGAGCAUGUCAUGCUGGUCGAUCUGGCCCGUAACGACAUCAACCGCGUCUGUGACCCUUUAUCGACUCGCGUCGACCGGCUCAUGGUCGUCGAGCGCUUCAGUCAUGUCCAGCAUCUGGUCAGCCAAGUCUCAGGCGUACUCAGAGAGGGCGAGAAUCGCUUUACUGCUUUUCGAAGUAUUUUCCCUGCGGGCACGGUCUCGGGUGCGCCCAAGGUAAAGGCUAUGGAACUCAUUGCAGAAUUAGAGCAAGAGAAACGAGGUGUCUAUGCCGGUGCGGUAGGCUAUUUUGGCUUCUCCCGCGUGUCACCCGAUGGAUCCAAGAUUGAAGAUGAGGGGGCGAUGGAUACUUGCAUCGCGCUACGCACGAUGGUGGUGAAAGACGGGGUUGCAUACUUGCAGGCCGGCGGAGGCAUUGUCUUUGAUAGUGUCGAAGAGGAUGAGUGGAUCGAGACGAUGAACAAGCUAGGAGCGAACAUUAGGACCAUUGAAGAAGCAGAGAAAAGGUAUUUGGAGCUCGAAAAGGUGCGGAAUGGGAACGGGACUGGGCAGCCAAAUGGUGUCGCUAUAUAG